UGGUUAAGGGCUUGUUUACUUUGAUGUCACAAAGUUCAGAUUUAAACUCAGUAAACUCUGGAAUCUAUCCACUGACGAAAGACUCUCCAACUAGCAGCAUACAGGUCAACAGAAGAGGACACCCAGAAUGCAGCUUCUACUCUGUGCACUUGUAUUAAGUCUCAUCACCAUGCCUGCCUUCUGUGGGGUCAAAGACAUAACUCAGCAUUUUAAUGAAGGAUCAGCUGAUCAGGCACAGGCAAGAGGAACACACAAUGAAGCAAAUGCUGAAACAGAAGCUGUCCACUGGGAAAACACUGUGACUAAUGAACUGAUCCAUGAAGAAGAGGAUUACUUAGACUUCGACAACAUUCUGGACAAUACAGACGAGGAGUAUGUAGAUUAUAUUGAUGCCAUUGAAACUAAUGACUCAGGAAAAGGAUCAGCCACUGAAGAUACAGACCCUCAAGCAAAGAGACUUCAACUUCUCAAACUCUUCCAAGGAAAAACCAGACUUCAACGUUUAAGCAUAGUCAAUGCAGAUUUUGCCUUUAACUUUUACAGAAGCCUGAAAAUUGCCAUUAACUCCUCAGAAAACGUAUUGCUGGCUCCUGUGGGCAUUUCUACCACAUUGUCCAUGAUGUCUCUUGGAUUAAAAGGAAACACAUGGCAACAGGUACUUGAUGUGCUGGGAUUUCAGGACUUUGUCAACAGUAGCACAAAGUAUGAAGUCAUAACAAUACACAAGCUUUUCCAAAAACUUACACAUCGCCUCUUCAGACGAAAGUUUGGCUACACAUUGCGUUCUGUGAACGAUCUUUAUGUUCAGCAAAACUACAACAUUUUGGACUCCUACAAGAACAGCACCAAGAAUUACUAUUUUGCAGAGGCCCAGUCUGUUGACUUUUCCAAUCCUGCCUUUAUUACAACAGCAAACAAACGCAUCAUGAAGCUUACAAAAGGCCUGAUUAAAGAGGCCCUGAAAACUGUGAAUCCUUUCACUGUGAUGAUGCUCUUGAACUGCCUCUACUUUAAAGGUUCAUGGGAAAACAAAUUUCCAGUUGCCCAGACACUCAUCCGAAGUUUCCGCCUGAAUGACAAGCAGACAGUUAAAGUUCCAAUGAUGCAGACCAAAGGUAACUUUCUUGCAGCUGCAGACCAUGAGCUUGAGUGCGACAUCCUGCAACUACCUUACGUAGGAAACAUCAGCAUGAUGAUUGCUAUUCCACGCAAACUGUCUGGAAUGCAACAACUAGAAAAGAAGCUAGAGCCAGCAGUAGUAGAAAAGUGGGUUAAAGCCAUGACCAACAGAACAAGAGAAGUGAUCCUACCCAAAUUUAAGCUGGAGAGGAGCUACGACCUGAAAGCAUACUUGGAGGGCAUGGGAUUAACUAACAUCUUUAGCAACCAUGGAGACUUUUCUGGCAUCUCAGACGAACAACUUCUUAUUAAUCUGUUUAAUCACCAAGGCACAAUAACUGUGAAUGAAGAAGGAACUGAGGCUGCAGCUGUGACAACGGUUGGUUUCAUGCCACUGUCAACCCAGAUCCGCUUCGUUGCUGAUCGUCCCUUUAUGUUCUUCAUUUAUGAGCACCGUACCAACUGCCUGCUGUUUAUGGGUCGUGUCUCCAAUCCUGCUAUCAUGUGAUAUCUGCUAAGACCAAGAAUUCUCCCACAGCACUGUACCAGCAAAUGUUCAAGUUUUAUAUGUUUUUUUUUUUUCCUUAUAUAUGUUCUGGUUUCUUGUCUUUCCUAGAAUAAAUUACUACUCUGAAAGAACAUCUGAUGAACAGAAAGUCGGAGUGAUGAAAAAUAUGAAAGACAAACAAGACCAAAAAUGUUCACUGUUAAAUAUUUAGACCACUGAUAUGCAUUACGUUAAUAGCAAGAGCACCAAACUUGAAUUAGGUUACCUCUGUACUAAUGAGCCCCAUUAAAUGGUUGCAAUAAAAAUCAUCUAAUCCUAAGCCCUUCAGAAGUGGAGACUUCUGUAUUAGUCCACUUCUGUAUUAGUCCACCUAUCCUGAGCUAUGAGGGUUUGUCCAUUUUCCACUGGUGAAGAGACAGCCAUGUUUCCCAUCUGCUGAUGACCUAGUCUUCGGCUGUCCAGCUGUGUGUGUGGACACUGUUCACUCUGCAAUUUAUCGGUACCUCAUCAUCACAAGCUUGGACACGACAACAGUUUAGUGUUUAACAGUAAUAUUUUUAUAAACUAUAAUUAUGUCAUGUCCUAGACAAACAAUGCAUACCAGUGUCCCACCUCUGCUAUGAUCUUGUGGCCAUACAUAAAAGUUACUCAGAAAAAGGCUUUGUGAAUAAAAUCCAAAACACAUUCUCUGACAAAAAAUAACCAAGAAUGAGUUCUAGGGUCUCUGCUGCCACUUUAUAAAAAAGAACGAAACCUGAAUAUCCUUCAUUAUUUAUUUCCACGACUUGCAUGAGACAGCAACAAAAUUCAGACGUGGACUUAAUUUCACUGUGUUUUAAGAGGGGAACUGUGGAAGGCAUGAUGGAUUUUUGAAAUAACAGAAAGUUAAGCAGCAAAAAGUGCUGCCAGAAAUCAUUACAUAAGAAUAACAAUUGUGAAAAAAAUGCCACAGCAACUUUGUGCAAGAUGCAAUGUUUACUUAACAGACCAGCAUGGAUACAGUAGUGCCAUAUGUGAGCAUUUACAUACUGUAUGGGUGAACUACCAAAGUAAGAAUGAAAAGAUCUCCCUUUGAAUUGCAUUUCAUAAUAAAGAUACACUGAAACGUA